CAGGCGGCGGAGCCGGGCGCGGGGCGGCUGGCGGCGGCCAUGGGGGAGGCCGGCGCGGGCGCUGGCGGGCCGCGGAGCGCGGAGGGCAGCCCGGAGGCGGAGGCGGCGGCGCUGCUGCCCUUCCUGGCGCCCGGGGCGCGCGCGGACCUGCAGGCGGCGGCGGCGCGGCACGUGCUGGCACUGACGGGCUCCGGGCCGGGCCGCGCGCUGCUGGGGGGGCAGGCGGCGCUGCUGCGAGCGCUGGCCGAGCUGGCGGCGGCCCCGGCCCCGGCCCCGGCCCCGGCCCCGGCCCGCGACGCCGCCCGCGCGCUGGUCAACCUGGCGGCAGACCCCGGGCUCCACGAGCCGCUGCUGGCGGCCGAGCCCGGGCUGCCUGCCCGCCUGCUGGGCCGCGCGUUGGACCCACAGUGGCCCUGGGCCGGGGAGGCGGCCGCCGCGCUGGCCAACCUCAGCCGCGAGCCCGCGCCUUGUGCCGCGCUGAUGGCGGUGCUGGCGGCCGCGGAGCCGGGGGAGCCGGGCUUGGAGAGGCUGGUGCGCGCGCUGUGCACGCCCGGGUACAACGUCCGCGCGUCCUUGCAUUACCUGGGGCCGCUGCUUUCCAACCUCAGUCAGCGGCCCGCGGCGCGCGCCUUCCUGUUGGAUCCCGACAGGCGCGUGGUUCAGCGGUUGCUCCCCUUUACCCAAUACCCAGAGUCCUCGGUGCGCAGAGGCGGCGUGGUGGGGACGCUGCGCAACUGCUGCUUCGAGCAUCGACACCACGAGUGGCUGCUCGGGCCGGAAGUGGACAUUCUCCCCUUUUUGCUCCUGCCCCUGGCCGGGCCUGAGGACUUCCCCGAGGAGGAGAUGGCGAGGUUGCCUGUUGACCUGCAGUACCUGCCACCAGACAAGCAGCGAGAGCCUGAUGCUGACGUCCGCAAGAUGCUGAUUGAGGCCAUCAUGCUGCUGACAGCCACAGUGCCUGGUCGGCAGCAGGUGCGGGACCAGGGAGCCUACCUGAUCCUGCGAGAGCUGCACAGCUGGGAACCAGAACCUGAUGUGCGGGUGGCUUGUGAGAAGCUCAUUCAGGUACUUAUUGGGGACGAGCCGGAGCACGGCAUGGAAAACCUGCUGCAGGUACAGGUGCCUGAGGAUGUGGAGCAGCAGCUGCAGCAGCUGGAUCACCAGGAGCAGGAGCAGUGUGAGCGGGAGCGGCAGGAGCGGGAGCUGGCACCAGAGCCCACCUGAGGCCCCUGCAGCAACCCCUGGUCCCCACAGCUCAGAGGAUGUGCCCUGCUAAGAGAGCUGCCCUGAGGAUGUGCGUCCUUGCUGAGGACUCAGGUUUCCUGGUUCUGGGAUGAGUGUGCAAUAAGGAUGGCAGGAGCUGGCAUGGCCCCAGUCCUGUGCCCAGUUGCUGCCCCCAGAAGGUGUGGGUUGCUCAGUGAGCACUGCUCAGCCAGCACUGACCAGGCCCUGUGGCCCUCAGCUCGCUCUGCAGUGGAGGGGGUGGGAGGAUGGCCAGCAGGGCUGCAGGGCUCCUCCCUGGCUCGGCAGUGGACUGGACAGCACAACAUUCACCCUGAGGAGGCAGCUGGAGCCUCCCAGGCCUGCAGAUGUGGGGGACCCUCAAGCUCCGACUGCCCAAGACCCUGCCUCAGAGGGCUCUUGGGACUUGUGCCUGUGACCCAGCCACAACCUGGAUCUUGUCUUUUGGGGUUUUCUGAGGACUGUGUGGUCUCCCAAGUCUGAACUGGCCUGGCCGUGCUUGCUGGGCACUGCUCUGCUCUUACAAGCUUCACUCCCUGCCCUCGGCCCCUUGUCUGCCGCCCAGGUUCUCUGGUGUCUCAGUCCUCGGUUGAACUGGUUCCGUGCUCUUCCCCUCUAGCUAGGGCCCCUCCCUGCUUAGCUCUCUUGAGCCUCAUGGUUCAAGACCUUCUAGGACCCCCACCCCCAGGGCCCCUGGCCUGUGUCACUGAGGGCCUCCUUGAGAGGCCUUGCCCCCUGCCCAGCAUAUCCCCAACUAUCCUCUGCCCCCCUGGAGCCCCCUACCACUGCACACUCCCCAUUCUGCAGCUGCCAAGUCCCCCAGACUGGUGGGGGGGGGGGCUCUCCAUGCCCUGCUCCUUUCUCAGCCUCCUGCCUGACUUCAGUGCCAACAGCACAGGGACCCUGAGUACUGGCCACCUCACCCCUGGGCGCUCCUAGGCCCAUCAGGACCCACAGAUCCAGCACCCCAUUUCAGACAUCUGCAGCUGCUGCUCCCCCACUCCCCAGCUCUCUCUGCACUCUCCCAACUCCCCUGGGGCAUCUGAUUGGUGCCACAAGGCCCCCUUUUACCUUUUCCUGGGGCAGACCCAUAGCUUCUGCAUUGACUGGUGACCACGUGGCGAGUCUGGUCUAGGCUGGGUCCCCCCAGGCUUCCCACCCUCUCCCCACAUUGCAUGUUCACACCCCUGGCUCUGACAGAAUAAAUGUUUAUCUGGCCCCUUG